CCUUGACGGCUCAGUGCCGCCCGAAUCCCGGCCGCCAGGGAACCGCUGAAUAUUCGUUGAGAGGUGCGGCGGAGGCAGUCCAUCUGUAUCUCGCCCGCGAUAUUUUCCCAAUCUCAUCUCAGUGAUUCCCAACCAAGGCAGACAAGAAAAAGGCGCAAGCACCAGGAACUGCAGGAAGAAGCAGACAAAAAAACCCAGCAAUGAAAUAAAAAACUGGCACAAAGGUUAGUCGAAGAGCGAGAAGGAGAGUAGAAGGGAGAAAUGGGGUUACUGUACGACGACGUGGUGAUCAUCAGGCAAGCGGAGAAAGAAGGUGACCCCUGCGUGAUAACUGUCAAUUGCCCUGAUAAGACUGGCUUAGGUUGUGAUCUCUGCCGCAUCAUUCUUUUGUUCGAUUUGAGCAUUGUCAGAGGAGAUGUGUCAACGGAUGGAAAAUGGUGCUACGUAGUGUUUUGGGUGGCGGGAAAGCCCACGACGAGGUGGGGAUUGUUGAAGAAGAGGUUACUGGAGGCAUGCCCUUCUUGCUCUUUGGUCUCUGGGAUUUUCUCUUUUCGCCUUGACUCGCGGCCUCCAAAGCCCCCGGACGUCUUUCUCUUGAAGCUCUGUGGUUUUGAUCGAACUGCCCUUUUACACGACGUGACAGAGGUUCUUUGUGAACUUGAGCUAACCAUAAAGAAAGUCAAAGUAUCCACUACUCCAGACGGAAGGGUGAUGGACCUCUUCUUCAUCACAGACACAAGGGAACUUUUACAUACAAAGAAGAGGCAAGAAGAAACAUGUGACCAUUUACAUGAUGUUUUGGGUGAUGCCAUGAUCAGUUGUGAUAUAGAAAUGGUUGGCCCUGAAAUCACCGCAUGUUCACAGGUUUCUUCAUUUCUUCCAUCAGUAAUCACAGAAAAUAUUUUCACAUUAGAGGUGCCCAAGGAAAAUUUAAGUGGAUCCCGCUCUUCAGACGGUGUGUCCAUCUCAAUGGACAAUUCUCUUAGUCCUGCUCAUACACUAGUCCAGAUCCUUUGCCAAGAUCGCAAAGGUCUCCUUUAUGACAUCAUGAAAUUUCUGAAGGAUUACAACAUCCAGAUUUCUUAUGGGCGCUUUGCUGUGAAGCAAAGAAGAAACUGUGAGAUAGACUUGUUCAUCAUGCAAGCAGAUGGGAAGAAGAUAGUUGAUUCCGAUAAGAAAGAGGCAUUUUCCUCUCGUCUGCGGAUGGAAUUGCUCUGUCCUCUCAGAGUAGCGGUGGUGAGCCGGGGUCCUGAUACAGAGCUGCUUGUGGCAAAUCCUGUGGAGUUGUCUGGCAAGGGCCGGCCUCUCGUAUUUUAUGACAUCACCCUUGCCCUCAAGAUGCUGAAGAUAUGCAUCUUUUUGGCAGAAAUUGGGAGGCACAUGAUUGGAGAUCGGGAAUGUGAAGUUUACAGAAUCUUACUAGAUGAAGGGGAAGGCUUAGCCAUUCCAAGGAACAAAAUCAAAGAAGGGGUUUGGAAAAUGUUGAUGGGUUGGGAAUCAUGGUGAUUGCAACCAGCUUUCAUUUGGAUGGCUGUGGGUUGUUUUGAUGGUUCAACCUCUGUAGAAUAUACGUCUCCCUGUUUACAAUAUCCACUAAAUGUAAAUUGAUUAUAUCUUGUAUAUCAUGAAAGGACUGAGCUAUAAAAGGAGAAGAUGUUGGCACCAAAGAGACGGGAGGAGAACAAAGAGCUUCUCGCAUUUCACUCUCCAAAAUUAUAGUAGGAUAUAUGAUGCCUUGGGUCAUAAAGAUCAUUACAUGUCAAGCAUUCUAUGAGAUGGGCAUUAACGGGGCACAUUGUGAUUGAACCAGGCAGGUCAGCAAUACUUCCUGAGCUGUACUUACCUUCCUAUGUACAUAAAUUUCCAGUAGGAGCAGUUUUAGUGAUUCUUAAUUAGCAGGAAAAGCCAAAGUGAGUUGUACGGAACUUUGUAAGCUAUCGCACAAGUAAUAUAUGAAGUUUGUCCUGCA